UCAUCAUGCUGGUUUUUUGUGGCAUCCCCCUCUUCUUUCUGGAGCUGUCCUUUGGUCAGUUUGCUAGUCUGGGUUGUCUGGGGGUGUGGAAGAUCAGCCCCAUGUUUAAGGGUGUGGGCUACGGCAUGAUGGUGGUGUCCACCUACAUUGGCAUUUACUACAACGUGGUUAUUUGCAUUGCCUUCUACUAUUUCUUCAUGUCCAUGACCAACUUGCUGCCAUGGACAUACUGCGACAACCCCUGGAACACGCCGAAAUGCAGCGGGGUGGUGAGCAGCAGCACACAGCUGAACACUAGCCUGGCUAAUGCUACAACCAGCCUGGUGGCAGGAGUCUCGGAGGUAGUCAACCGUACCAAGAGGACCAGCCCCAGUGAAGAGUACUGGAAACACUACGUGUUGAACAUCUCAGAUGAUAUCGGUAACUUUGGAGAGGUGCGCCUCCCCAUCCUUGGCUGCUUGGCUGUUUCCUGGGUGGUUGUCUUCCUGUGUCUCAUCAGGGGGGUCAAGUCCUCCGGAAAGGUGGUGUACUUCACAGCCACAUUCCCCUAUUUAGUUUUGACCAUCCUGUUUAUCCGAGGCAUUACUCUGGAUGGAGCGAUCAAUGGCAUCAAAUACUACUUGACACCACAGUGGCAGAAGGUCCUCGAUGCCAAGGUUUGGGGAGAUGCAGCGUCACAGAUCUUCUACUCUCUGGGCUGCGCCUGGGGUGGUCUCAUUACUAUGGCUUCCUACAACAAGUUCCACAACAAUUGCUUCAGGGAUAGCAUCAUCAUCAGCAUAACCAACUGCGCUACCAGCGUGUAUGCAGGAUUUGUCAUCUUCUCUAUCCUGGGGUUCAUGGCCCACCACCUGAACGUCCCGGUGUCUGAGGUGGCCGACCACGGCCCCGGGCUGGCCUUUGUGGCCUACCCAGAGGCUCUCACUCUUCUCCCCAUCUCACCUCUCUGGUCCCUGCUCUUCUUUUUCAUGCUUAUCCUUCUGGGACUAGGGACUCAGUUCUGUCUGCUGGAGACACUGGUGACAGCCAUCGUGGAUGAGAUCGGCACAGACUGGAUCAUGAGAAACAAGACCAUCAUCACUCUGGGAGUGGCAGUAGUUGGAUUCCUACUCGGGGUGCCACUCACCACUCGGGCAGGAAUAUAUUGGCUGUUGCUGAUGGACAACUAUGCUGCUAGUUUCUCUCUGGUUAUCAUCUCCUGCAUCAUGUGUAUCUGCAUCAUGUACAUAUAUGGCCACACGAACUACUUCAAAGAUGUGGAGAUGAUGCUCGGCUUCCCACCUCCCCUCUUCUUCAAAGUCUGCUGGAGGUUCAUCUCGCCUGUCAUUAUCUCUUUCAUCCUGAUUUUCACGGUGAUCCAGUACAAGCCCAUCACCUACAAUAAAUAUGUGUACCCCGGCUGGUCUUUGGCUAUCGGCUUCGCAAUGGCCAUGUCUUCAGUGGUCUGCAUACCCAUCUACGCCCUCUACAAAAUCUCAAGCUCUCCGGGAGCCACGUUCAGAGAGCGAUUGAGGAACGCGUGCCGAUCGGACCCCACAUGGGGUCCUGCCCUGCAGGAGCACCGGAUAGGCCGCUACGCACCGUCGGCCUCCGAGGACGCCGUGGAAGAGCGCCCCCUCAAGGAAAAGGAGGAGCAGAAAGAGGAGCUGAAGGAGGAAGGGAAAGAGAAGGAGAAGAAGGAGGAGAUCAGCCUGACCAUUCAGGGAAGCAACGGCUCCACCAACACACAUAACAACCCCAACCCCAGCGCAUAG